CCCGCCGCCGCGCCGCCCGCGCCGCGCUACGAGGAGCCGGCGUGGGGCAGCCGCCCGCCGGCCGGCUCCGGGUACGGGUUAGAGGUGCUGAAGGGCGGCGUGGCGCUGGGCUCGGUGAGGCUGGAGGACGGCAGCUGGUUCCUGGUGGGGCGGCUGCCCGGCUGCGCGCUCUCCCUGGAGCACCCCUCGGUGUCGCGGCACCACGCCGUGCUGCAGUACCGCGGCACCGGCGCCGACCCCGACGCCGCCGGGUUCUACGUGUACGACCUGGGCAGCACCCACGGCACCUUCCUCAACAAGGCGCGGGUACCGCCCCGCACCUACUGCCGGGUGCGGGUGGGCCACGGGCUGCGCUUCGGCGGCAGCUCCCGCCUCUUCCUCCUACAGGGACCCAAAGAGGACCAGGAGUCUGAGUCAGAACUAACUGUGACUGAAUUGAAGGCAUUGCGUAAGCAGCAGCAAGCAAAACUAGAAAAGACAAUGUUGGGAGAGGACUCUGAUGAGGAAGAUGGAAAAGAGGAGAAAAGUGAAAGGAGUCAGAACAGUGAUAUGAGCUGCUCGUGGGGAAUGGGUGAGGAUGCUGAGGAGGAUGAGGUUGAAGAAAACCCUAUUGCUGUUGAUUUUCAGGAUGUUCAAGAUGCUUUCUAUAUGAAAGAUCCUAGGAAGGCCUUACAGGGCUUUUUUGAUAGAGAAGGAGAAGAGUUAGAAUAUGAAUAUGAUGAUCGUGGGCACAAUAGCUGGCUGUGCAGGAUCAAGUUGCCUGUGGAUGAUGCAGCAGGGAAGCAGCUGGUGGCAGAGGUUCUCCACUCAGGAAAAAAGAAGGAGGCAAUGAUACAGUGUGCACUGGAAGCUUGCAGGCUACUUGAUGCUCGGGGAGUACUGAGGCAAGAAGCAGUAUCCCGAAAAAGGAAAUCAAAGAACUGGGAAGAUGAGGAUUUUUAUGACAGUGAUGAUGACACCUUCCUCGAUCGAACUGGUGCUGUGGAAAAGAAACGACUGAACAGAAUGAGAAAAGCUGGUAAAAUAGAAGAAAAACCAGAGACUUAUGACUCCUUGGUCACAAAGCUAAAGGAAGCUGAAAAUGAGCUUUCUGAGAUAACAGAGAAGUUGAAGGCUUCAGGGAAAGUCCAGUCCCAGCCAGCAGCUCAAGAUUCCUUGGAUGAAUUCAUGACUGAAAUAAAAUCAGGAUGCACCUUAGACAGUGUGGCACGAAAAAAACUUCACUUGCGGUCAUUUGAACUGAAGAAAGAGCAACAGAGACUGAAAGGGUUAAUAAAGCUUGUCAAGCCUGCAGAACUACCUGAGCUGAAGCCCCAGGGUGGGAGUUACAAUCUGAACACAGAGAACAAGCCUAAAAAGAUGAACCUGCCUCUCUUCGGUGCAAUGAAAGGGGGGAGCAAAUUCAAACUGAAAACUGGAAGCCUAGGGAAGUUGCCUGUUAAGCGUCCAGACAUCCCUGAAAGCUUGUUAAAAAUGAAAGAUGAUGGACCAGAAGAGGAGGAGGAGGAGGAAGAGGAAGAAAUGGAAGAGCAGCAAGAAGGAGAUGCAGUAAACAGCAGAGCAUCAAAGCUGGAAAUGAAAACGACAACAGAGGAAGAAACAGGAAAAGAAACUAAUGCUCCUGAUAGUUCUCCUUGCAAUAACAAGAAUGUAGAAUCCCUUCAGGAUGGGGUUGAUUUUCGGCCUGAGCCAAAGGUACUGAGGAAUGAAUCUCAGAUGGGACCUUCACAAGAGAAAUCUCAAGUAUCCAAGGCAGCAAAUAAGGAAACUGAAGAGACAUCUGAGAAAGUUAAGAAAACCAAUAGCUCAAGGAAGGUUCAACAACCUUUUUUUUCCUCACAGUACCCAGAUGAUGACCCAGACUACUGCAUAUGGAUUCCUCCUGCAGGUCAAAGCGGUGAUGGCAAGACUCAUCUCAAUGAAAAAUACGGAUAUUAGGCUUCAAGUGCGUCAGAGGACGUCUGAGAUUUGAAAGACUACUUUGGAUUCUUUCACUACAUGUGAAGUGCGGGAUAAGAGAGUUGGUUUUUCAGAUGCUGUUUCAAAUUCAAGGACAUCAGCAGCUGCUCUGGCUCUUAGCUCUCCCCGUGUGUCCUUUGUUUGUCUUUCAGAUACUUCCUUAAAGAAAAAGCCCACACGUUGUUCUGCUUCUUUUUCCACUUUUAGCCUUGUAUUUUUUAUUUGGUUUGAAACUGUAGGAUCAUUUUUUCUUUUGUAAAUAAAAGUAUACAAAAAAUAUUAAAAGAAUACACCUUAGUGUACUUACAGGCUUGAUAAAAUUUAUUCAUGUUGGAUUUAUGCAAUUAAAAUAAGAAACACUACUGA